AUGGUUCUUGCCAGCUCCACCACCAGCAUCCUCUCCAUGCUGUUCCUGCUCCCGAUGCUGUUCCACUGGGGACUCCAGACUCCAGUCAGGCACUCAACUCUCUCAGGCACAGCCAGCACGCUCAAUUGCCCCUUAAUUGCCAAGGAGAUUAUGAGGAAUCUCAACGCAUCCGAACUCACUGACAAUGAUGCCAGAGAUCUACUUAGGCCUCCCACCCCCAGCUCUUUCAUGGAGGAUUCUUUGCCCUCUCAGGAUAAUACCUCACAGAGAGCAAACCUGUGCGAAUUCCUGAAAAUGAGAAAGCAACUGAAGAUAGAGACUAUCAAGACCAAUCUUGAGAACCUUGAGCGUUGCCUGCCAGUGGCUGUGAAUAACUCCAAGAUGAUAGGCAUCUUCCUUGAAAAGAAUUCGGAUGACUUCCAGAAGAAAUUGAGAUACUAUGUGAGCCAACUUAAAAAUCUGCGGCUAACACCAACCCCUGGGUCACCUCAUCCAACAUCUGACUCUACUUUUUGCCCUGAGUCCAAGGAAUGA